AUGUCUGAGAGGGAGUCAUGCGGGCUAUGGGAUACAAUUCAGGCAGACCCUAUACCAUUUACCAAAACCUGUGGGGUACUAAAGCCGCUACAUCUGGAUGGCAAUUAUCUGUCCGGAGACCUCGUUUCAUGGAACACUGUGUGGGACUGGCAGGGAGGUCUAGUCAUCAUCAAGUCUUACGCCAAUGUUGAUUAUACCCGCUCAAAUAUCGUUGCCGACGUGGCAUAUAAUAUCUUUACCAGCAACUCCCCCGAUGGCCCAGGGGCAUAUGAGAUCAUGAUCUGGGUUGCUGCCCUCGGUGGCGCAGGCCCAAUCAGCAGCACAGGCAAGCCUGUUGCCACAGACCUCUCCAAGGGGCCGAAUUCCCCCUGGAAAGAUUUCCGUUUUGUGGCUCAAACCGAGCAGACUUCUUUUAAUUCUGAUCUUCUCGACUCCUUUGAAUAUUUGAUCCACAACCAGGGAAUGCCUUCGACAUGGUAUUUGAGCCAGAUCGCUGCUGGUACUGAGCCGUUCUCGGGUUCCAACGCCCAGUUGACGACCUCAGACUACGUUCUCAGUAUUCACUGA